CGGGAGGAAGGCGAUGCCGUCGGCGGCGGUUAUGGCGGUCCUCGUCGUCGCAGCGACGCUGCCCUCGAAGAGCGCCCGCGGCCAGGUGGUCCAGGGAGUGAGGCUGGACUGGAACAUCGGCCCGUGCAAGCUGCAGGUGUUCGAGCCGUGCGAGCAUGCCGCCGUCACCACCUACCUGUUCACCAGGGACCACCGCUACCGGCUCGACCCCAAGGACCCCCGGCCUCCGGAGCACUUCGACCCGGGGGUCCCCACCAAGGUCAUCGUGCACGGCUACACCGGCGACGUCGACUACAACGUCACGGCGGCCAUACGGGACGCCUACCUGGCGCAGGGCGGCUGCAACGUGCUGGCCGUGGACUGGGGCGAGCUGUCCAACUUCCCGUGCUACGCCUCGGCGGUGCUGCACACCUGGGUGGCCGGCCGCUGCCUGGCAGAGACUCUGCUGGCGCUGCGCCGCAGCACUCCAGGCUUCCAGCUGGCCGCGGUGCACGCCGUGGGCUUCAGCCUGGGCGCCCACGUGGCCGCCUUCGCCAGCAACGGCGCGCGCGACGCGCUGGGCCGGCCCUUCGGCCGCGUCACCGGACUGGACCCGGCGCUGCCCUUCUUCGCGACUCUGAAGAACACGUGGAAGCUGGACAAGUCGGACGCGGACUUCGUGGACGUGAUCCACACCAAUGUGGGCGUGUUCGGCAAGAUCGAGCCGACGGGACACGCCGACUUCUACGUGAACGGCGGCAGUCUGCAGCCGGCCUGCGCCAAUCACAGCACCACAUGCACGCGCCGCUCUACUUCGCCGAGUCGGUGCGGUCGGCGGGCUUCUGGGGCGCCCCCUGCCCCGGCUACUACCAGCACGCGGCGGGCUGGUGCCCCGACACAGAGGCCAACAGGAAGCAGCGCGUGCCCAUGGGCGAACCCUGCCGGCCCGGGACUUUUGGAGUGUAUUUCGUUAAGACCAACGACAAACCACCGUUCGCGCUGGACUGGUGAUGAUUUCUGCUCGCAUCGCUACUUCUCAAGAAUUUGGUGA